AUGUCCAAGUUUGGAAUUUUUCUGUUCUCCAUUUUAAUUUUUUGGGAGAUAGUAGAAUGUAUGGAUAAUAAAGGAAAAGGUAAAGUUGGGGAAGAAUCUUCCGGACAAGAAGGGGGAGCAAGUAGUCAAGGUCGUAGAGGAGGAAGUCGAAGAAGUCAUGCACAUAUACCAACUCGUGAAAGUGAACCGACCCAAAACUGGAAUGAGGAACACGAAAUGGGACCAACAGAGGGCCAUGCCCCAAAUCUUGACGAUGAAAUUCAAAAUCAACAUGAACUUCUUAUGCAAGAACGGUUGAUGCAUUUGCAACAGCAUACUGAGAUGAUAAAUCAGCUCCAAAAUGCAACAGAACGGUUAAAUCUUCCUCAAGAGCUUCGCAGAAAUCUACGUAUUAAACCAGAAAAGUUAAUGCAAAAUAUGCAAAAGAAAAAUAAAAAAAUAGUUAAGCUCCAAAAUGAAAGGGAGAAAAGUUUAAAGAAAAAAGAAAAUGCUAUAUAUGAUCAAGGCAGGGAGAACUAUCUCGAUAAUUUUGAAUUUUCAAAAGAAAUGCGUCAGAUGGCAAAGGAAAACAAAAAAGAAAUGGAUGAAUUUUUGACGAAGAAGAUGGCUGAACUCCGAAAUUUUCCCGGUAAAUAA